AUGGUGCAAAGUCAGUCGUUAAGCACAUUAACAAUCUGUGGAAGUGUACAAUACAGCUCCUGGAGGAAUCGUUUAGAUUCAGGUAAAGUUUCGGGUUUGAUCGGUGAUCGAUGUAUGUUGUGUCGAUUUUUGCGUAGAUCAUCGUUAUCCCUUAGAAGCCAUUUGAAGUCAGUUAAGCAAAGAAAUAUGUUGUUGAGGGUAGAAGCUAGAUGGCCAUUUCAAGGCGGUGGUGGUGAACAAGGUCUAGACCCGAGUUCCGAGCGAAGCGAGAGUGCGAAUGAAGAUAUAUUGGUCUUUUUCUUUCAGCUAGAUUUAGCUACUCGUGUGCAGUAUGCAUUGAAUCUGGAGCAGUACGAUAUUGCGCAACAGCUUAGAGAAAAGCUAACUGAGGUGGAAGAGGAGGCGAUAAGACUGCAUGAAGGGAAAAGAGGAUCAUCAUCGAAAAGUGAAGCUCAAGACAAGGGUAUUAGCAUUAUAAGGCUACGUGCAGAUCUCCAGAAUGCUAUUGACAGUGAGGAUUAUGGUUUGGCAGCUAAGUUACGAGAUGAAAUCUCAAAGCUAGAGGCAGAAUCAUUAGCUGUAUCUGCAAAAGCCUUGGCUUUUGAAAAAGCAGAGUAUGCAUUUCGUUUGGGACAGAAACUUAGACACAAAACUUUUGGUUACAGGGCUGUAGUUUGUGGGAUGGAUCCAAUUUGCUGUGAAUCAAGCUCCUGGAUGGAAACUGCAGAGGUUGAAAAUUUGCCUCGUGGAUCCAAUCAGCCAUUUUAUCAGGUUCUAGUCGAUGUUCGCACGCACCCGGAUCUACUAGUAGCAUAUGUUCCUGAAGACAAUCUAUUAGCUCUAGAGAAACCCGACAAAGAAAGGUUUGAUCAUCCAUACAUUUCAUUUCUCUUCUAUGGAGCAGAUACAGCAGGAGAUUUCAUCCCAAUCCAACAACUUCGUGAGAAAUACAACAGACCCCGGCAUGAAGUUCCUUUUGAUUCACAAGACAAAGACUAA